GAUCAUGAAUACACCACCAAGAAUGAAGCUUGAACCUGUUUACCUAGAUUAACUAACUGCUCAAAGCAAGGACUACAAAGUUAAAGUCACUGUCGCUGAAAAGGGAAGAGCUCAACCUUCUCCUAAGAAACCUGAAAAACAAGAUGCGCUGUGCUCUUUUUGGUGAUCAGAUUAAAGCAUAUGAAGAUGUUCUGAAGCCAUCUGGUCAGUACGAAAUAUCCAAGGCUCCUAUAACAGCUGUUGAUGAGCAGUACAAAUUUAAUGGACAAGAACUUCCAUACCAAAUGACUGUUGGACAGCAAACCAUCAUUCAACGGUUAAAUCCAGAAAGUGGACCGAUUGAACUAAAGUAUCAGCCACUGUCAAGUAUUCCACGAUCACCUGAUCCAAAUGGAAGAUUUGAUAUAGUUGCUGUUAUCCUAUUUGUUGAAGCAACACCGAGACUAAUCCCCAAUACACGUGGUAGGGAUAGUCCAGUUCGGGAGAUUUCUAUUACAGAUACAAGGUAUAUAUAG